AUGGAGAAAAUUUUCCUUCACAGCGAUUUGCAGUCUUACCUUUCGCACCUCAAUCUAUUCCCAGCACCCACAAGCGGCAAGCUCUAUAUAUUAGUCGACAACAGGCCAUGGCUGCAAGAUCUCGUCUCGCGCUCCACUCACUGGUGGCAGCUCAUGGUCACAAAGUCCAGGUUAUCCCCGUUUGCCAACACGAGAGGCAAGAAGGAGAAAGAAAACGAGCUUUUAGAGCUAGAAGCUUCUUCUUCUUCGGAUGAAGGGGAAUCAGGAAGUUUCAGAAAUUGGUUCUCGUUUAUGGAUGCUGUGAUGUUGUCCAGAAAACGAGCUUUGCUACCCGUAAAGAAGCUAAGGAAUUCUUUCAUAGCGAACAGCAACUUGCAUAGGACGCUUUACGGGUUUAUUGUGUUUGAGAUUGCGUGGGAUGAUGUUCGUGGCAUUAAUUAUUUUAAUGACCUUCUGACUGAUACAUCUCUUGCGAUUGAGGCUAAAAUCAUGCGGAGGUGGGAAUUCGACAGUAUAGCGCAAGCUUCCAAGACCAUAAGAUCAUGGUUUCCCGGUACUCUCAGUGAUCGUAUUCUCUUGAAGGAACACUUAGAUGCUACGAUAGGUGAAGUUUACCAUGAUGCUCAGGAAAGUUUCCUUACUGAUAACCCACCCAACACACAAACAUUGCCUGAUAAACCCAACAAGAGAAGAAAAAUCAUGCGCUCCAUCUACUUCGACUCAGAGCUCGGGAUCUGCUCCGGAGGCGAAUCUGAUGCGGGCCCCAUUGAAGUCCUUCUAAAGACCCCAAAACCGAUUGACCACAGAACGACCCACGAGCCAACCCUCUACAGAGAUGUCCUCAUUCUAUUCAGAUUCAAUGACCAUGACUUGCCUUUCGAGCUGAAGCACAUAAUCAUGUCAAAACUGCGGCUUCUCACACUUCUCGAGGCUGGGCUUCCUUCUUGGGUCAUUUUCUUUCAAUCUUAUCCGGGCUUCUGUCGACUUUACCGCCCGUGGAUGUGUCCACUGGCGAGGGGCAUUUAUGUCCUUAUUUCUAUCGUGACUGUUCUUAUUGGGUUCUAUGACUUGUACAAGAACGUGCCGCUUCUGAAAACUGCGGCCUCGAAUCUGUUCGGGCCAUUUUUCGACUGGGUCGAGGAGUGGGAGAUGAUCUCACGGAUCAAGUACUUGGGGACUAUGCUGUUCUUGCAUAAUUUUCAGAAGGCGGUGAAAGGGUUUGUUGUGGCGGUUAGGACUGUUGUGAAGUUUGUCUCGUUUUUCGUUCGCCCGAUGGCCGAGCCGUUUUUCGAGUUCGUAGAGAUGUUCGUGCCCGUCUGGAUGAUGCUUGUGCGGUUGGUCGUGGAUUUUUGUUCGGUGGUUUGGAUGGUGGUUGAGUCUUGUUUUGCGGUGGUUGGGGAUUUUGUGGAGAUUUUGGUGCUUCCUGUUUGGUAUAUCUUGAUGCUAGUUUGGAAUGUUGCAUCAUCUUUCAUAUACCCUAUAUUAUGGGUUCUCUUGUAUGGUCCAUUUAAGCUGAUUUUCGGACUCUACAGCUUUGUGUCUGUCCUGUGUGCUUUCUUGUAUGACCUAUUUGACGACAUAUGGUUAUCUGCACGGGGAAUAUUCCAGUUCACGAAAGGGGUUAACACGACAGUGAGCUCGGUUGAGGUCUCUGUGUGGCGUUCUUUGUGGAAAGACCUUUUCUCACAGCUUUUCAAAGCUCUUAGAAGUAUUCUUCAUGGUUUUGUGGCUUUCUUCACAACCUGCAACAGACAUCGUCUAAGCAUCUAUAAUCAUGUGGUGGAGUUUACACGGAGGAUAUUGCAAGCAGCAAAAGAUGCACGGUCGAACGAAAAUAUUCCAAGCGAACAGACUCAAGUUAAAUCUGCUUUAUUUUCAUUUCAUAAUGCUGAGUUGCAUUGCUGCAGGCAAGAUUUCAGAAAAGAAUCCCCAACAAGAAGGCAAUGUGAAAUCUAUGCUAAGAUCGUUUUUGCUGCAGCCGUUUGCUCGAAUUCAUCUGAAUACCGUCGCGCAGGUUACAAUUUAAAAGUAGAAAUGGAAAUUAAUGGUACAGCAGGGGAAGAAAUGGAAAUUACUGGUACAGCAGGGGAUGAUCCUCCUUCACCUUUGGCCUCACCACUGAUAACUCUGCCACCAGAGGUGAAGUUGGAACCGGUAGACUUGCAUAAGAAGUCUAUCAUCACACGGCCUGGAUUUGGGACUUCUGGCCGUCAAAUACCUGUUCUCACAAAUCACUUCAAAGUUUCCAUCAGAAAUCUUGACGAAGUUUUUUUCCAAUACAACGUUUCUAUUAGUUUUGAAGAUGGUAGGAUGGUUGAAAACAAGGUUAUUGGGAGAAAAGUUAUUGAUCAAUUGUACCAAUUGUACUCUUCACAACUUUCUGGGAAGGGAUUUGCAUAUGAUGGUGAAAAGAAUCUGUAUACAGUGGGGCCUUUACCACAGAACAAGCUUGACUUUACAGUGAUUCUUGAGGAUUCUGUAAUUACCAAGCGUGGGGACCCUUGCUAUAAUGGAAGCCCGAGGGAGUCUAACAAAAGGUCUAAGAGCUUCAUACACUCAAAAGCAUUCAAGGUGGAGAUAAAUUUUGCUUCUAAAAUUCCGUUGAAGUCCAUAUCCCUAGCCCUUCAAGGUGCUGAAUCACCAAAAGAUCAAGCUGUCCUGAGUGUUUUAGAUAUCCUUCUUAGGCAACAAGCAGCUAAUCGCGGGUGCCUUGUGGUUCGGCAAUCAUUCUUUCAUGACGAUUCACGGACUUUCACUGAUAUUGGAGGGGGUGUGACAAGUGUGAGGGGAUUCCAUUCCAGCUUUCAUCCAACUCUUGGCGGUUUAUCUCUAAACAUGGAUGUUUCAACAACCAUGAUCUUGAAACCGGGACCUGUUGUGGAUUUCCUCUUUUCUAACCAGAACGUGAAGGAAGCUCGAGAUAUUGACUGGCUAAAGGCCAAAAAGAUGCUCAAGAAUAUGAGGAUCAAGGCAAGCCAUAGUAAUAGGGAGUUCAAAAUUACUGGUUUAAGUGAGAAACCUUGCAAUCAGCAGCUUUUCUCAAUGAAAGUGAAAAGUGAUAGUAGUGCCAGAGACAAUGACGAGACCCUGGAGAUUUCUGUUUAUGACUAUUUUGUUAAGCACCAUAACAUAGAGCCUAAAUGUUCAGCAUACAUGCCAUGUCUUGAUGUUGGAAAACCUAAACGACCAAUCUACCUGCCACUAGAGCUCUGUUCUCUAGUUUCUCUCCAGAGAUACAAUAAAGCAUUAUCAGGAUUGCAAAGAGCGUCUAUAGUUGAAAAAUCAAGGCAGAAGCCACUUGAGAGAAUUCAAGCUGUUAAAAACUACAAUUAUGACGAGGAUCCACUUCUUGCCAUUUGUGGUGUAUCAAUUGAAAAGCAGCUAACUCAAAUAGAUGCACGUGUCUUAGAACCACCGAAGUUGAAGGUUGGCAAUAGUGAAGAUUGUGUACCACGUAAUGGCAGGUGGAACUUCAAUAACAAGAAACUUCUGAACCCUAGCCAGAUAAAUCAUUGGGCACUCGUCAAUUUCUCUGCACGCUGUGACACCAGCCACCUUUCACGGGAACUCAUCAACUGUGGGAGGAACAAGGGCAUUCACAUUGAGCGCCCCUACACAAUAAUCGAGGAAGAUCACCAUUGUAAAAAAUCUAGCCCCGUGAUACGCGUAGAACAAAUGUUUGAGCUGAUUAUAGCCAAGUUACCCAGCCCUCCUGAGUUUCUGCUUUGUGUUCUGCCGGAGAGGAAAAUUUGUGAUAUUUAUGGUCCCUGGAAGAAAAAGUGCCUGACUAGCUUGGGUAUUCCCAAUCAAUGUGUUUCUCCUUCCAAGAUCAAUGAUCAGUACUUAACAAAUGUGCUACUCAAAAUCAAUACAAAGCUAGGAGGUACCAACUCUUUGUUAGCGAUAGAGCAGGCCCACGGAAUUCCGCUCAUUAUGGAUAAGCCGACCAUGAUCUUGGGAAUGGGCGUAUCACACGGUUCCCCUGGUAGAUCUGAUAUUCCAUCAAUUGCUGCUGUUGUAGGUUCUCGAAGUUGGCCACUAAUAUCUAGGUACAGAGCAGCUGUAAGAACUCAAUCCUCAAAGGUGGAGAUGAUAGAGUCUUUGUUCAAGCCGCUGGAGAAUGGAGAUGAUGAUGGCAUUAUGAGUUCCGCUAAUGCUGAGAAAGUGCCGCUGGUGUGCUUCAGGGAACUGCUUUUGGAUUUUUAUAAAACCAGUGACAGGCGUAAACCAACCCAAAUCAUUAUUUUCAGGGAUGGUGUGAGUGAGUCACAGUUUUCUCAGGUUUUGAACAUUGAGCUCGAUCAAAUCAUCAAGGGGACUUCUCGACCCACCCAUUAUCGUAUCUUGGUUGACGAAAUUGGUUUCUCACCAGAUGAACUGCAGAAGCUGAUUCAUUCACUUUCAUAUGUAUACCAGAGGAGCACUGCUGCCACCUCUAUCGUUGCACCAGUAUGUUAUGCACACCUUGCAGCUCAACAAGUGGGACAGUUUCUUAAAUUUGAAGAUUCCUCCGAACUAUCGUCUGGACAAAGCAUUCAUGUUCCCCAGCUACCAAAGCUCCACAAGGAUAUUGCUGGAUCCAUGUUCUUUUGUUGAUGUGUAAGAAUUUUUUUUGGACUUCAGUCAUCAGGUUGAAUAUUAUAAAUAAUAAAAAAAAAAAAACAGUAAAUAUUAAUAGGCAAUGAUGAUUAGGUAAUUAAGGGUGAUCCCUUGUUUUGACAUUUUCAUUUUGUGGUCCAUGAUGGAAAUAGGUAAAGAUCUUUUAAGAGGGUUUAAACCGGUCGUUUUUGUUCUAUUUGAAGGCAAAGCUGAUGUGGCUGAAAUUUUGUAGUGAUGGCUGAGUAUGCUGGUUUAUCUUGAAUGCUUGAUUCUAUUUUCCUUUUAAUAUGGACUUUCUUAAUCUUUGCCUGGA